ACCCCUCCUCCAGCAGAACAGGCUUUUCUCUCCGGGCGCACCGCAUCUUGGGAAUGUUUUGGUGUAAUUAGACAUAAAUAUAAAUCCUUUUUUCCUCGGUCAUUUUAUUCUAAGAGUGUCUUUUAUUAUUACUCGUCUUGAACGCGUUCAGCUGGUGUUUUCAAACGAAUCCCGUCUGUAAUAGGCCUUUUAAUUGAUUGAACUAUUUAUUCAUAUUCAAACCUAAAUACACCAGCAGGACCAGUCGGCGUUUGUGAAGAAAUCGACCGGACAUUUGCUUUGUGUGUGUGGGUUUUUUUUUUUUCCACUGAAAGGAUUUUACGGGCAUCCUGCCACAUCUUCUCAAGCAUGAAGCAGCAGUCUGCCAGAACCGAGAUGAGUCGCUUCAACAUCUCUCCCGAAGACGACAGCAGCAGCGCCAACAGCAACGAGUACACCUACUGUCCCACGGACUGUCCACAGAAGGUCCCACUGGGCGGCCAAUACUCUGACAUAGAAGCAGAGAGUCAGAACUUCCUCCCCGAACACAACCUGGGCAAGAAGAAGUAUGAGACCGAAUACCACCAGGGCAACGCCUCGUUCGGCAUGUCCGUCUUCAACCUGGGCAACGCCAUCAUGGGCAGCGGCAUCCUGGGUCUGUCCUACGCCAUGGCCAACACUGGCAUCGCCCUGUUUGUGAUACUCCUCGUGGCCGUCACCCAUCUCUCCUUGUAUUCUGUCCACUUGCUGCUGAAGACGGCCAACGAAGGAGGUGCGCUGGUGUACGAGCAGCUGGGUUACAAAGCCUUCGGGAUGCCGGGGAAGCUCGCCGCUUCCUGCUCCAUCACCAUGCAGAACAUCGGAGCCAUGUCAAGCUACCUCUACAUCGUCAAAUACGAGCUGCCCAUCGUCAUCAAAUCCUUUCUGACCAGUGCCAAUCAAGAAUGGUACACAACCAACGGUGACUUCCUGGUGAUGCUGGUGACGAUCGGCAUCAUCCUGCCCUUGUCGCUGCUCAGGAACUUGGGUUACCUUGGUUACACCAGUGGUCUGUCCCUGCUCUGCAUGGUGUUUUUUCUGAUCGUGGUGAUCAUCAAGAAGUUCCAGCUCCCGUGCCCGCUCCCCGAGGACAUCGGCGCUCUGAACGAAACAAUAAGCAAAAUGCUGAACGCCACCUUGUCCCACCUGAACACCACCGCCGUGGACUACAGCGACGACACCUGCACGCCCAAAUUUGUCUUUAACUCUCAGACCGUCUACGCCGUUCCCAUCCUGACCUUCGCCUUCGUGUGCCACCCCGCCAUCCUGCCCAUGUAUGAGGAGCUCAAAGACCGGUCUCGUCAGAAGAUGCAGGGCGUUGACGUGUCCUUCCUGGCCAUGUUCAUCAUGUACCUGCUGGCUGCCCUCUUCGGAUAUCUGACCUUCAACGUGCACGUGGAGCCUGAGUUGCUGCACACCUACUCCAAGGUCUACAAGUCUGACGUGGUCCUGCUGAUUGUCCGUCUGGCUGUGCUGACCGCUGUCACGCUCACCGUCCCCGUGGUGCUGUUCCCCAUCCGUACCUCUGUCAACCACCUGCUGUGCGCCUCCAAGGAAUUCAGCUGGAUCCGCCACACCAUCAUCACCGUGGUCCUGUUGGCCGGCACAAACGCCCUGGUCAUCUUUGUCCCCACCAUCAGGGACAUUUUUGGCUUCAUCGGCGCCUCUGCCGCUGCCAUGCUCAUCUUCAUCCUGCCCUCGGCUUUCUACAUCAAACUGGUCAAGAAGGAGUCCAUGAAGUCUGUGCAAAAGAUCGGGGCCUCCGCCUUCCUGCUGUUAGGCUUCUUUGUGAUGAUCGGCAGCAUGACCCUCAUCAUCCUGGACUGGAUCCACAACGCCACGGCUAGCCCGGUCGCACCCGCCGAUGGACACUAAAGCUCCCCUUCUCCCAGCCGAGGAGAGAGGAGGCUCUGGACUGCUACAACCGCGCAACCGACGAAGAUCAAACCUAUUGUAACCGAAGAAUAACACAAGAACUCACUUGAUGCUCUGCUUUGACUUCCUGAGCGACAAACCAUGCCAUUCCAAGAGAAUGUUUCGAACUUUGUACAGUAUGCUGUUAUAGGCCACAAAGAUGGUGUUUUACUUGUUUCUUCUCUUUUUAUUGUACAUUUUUGUCAUUGUUGUUUUUGCUCAAUUUCUUUUCUCUUUUUUGUUAUGCUCUUUUGUAGUUAUGGUACAGCUGAAAACAAAUAUUUGAAGGUGCCUCAAAGCAGAGAUGAACAUAGUCGUAGAGUUAAAAUGCAGCUUACACUCAGGUACGGCGUGCGGCUGUGACCUCAGAGCUCACCAACAACCAAUCCUGCUAAGAAACGUACGUGAACAUCCCGAAGAUUGACGAGGCCACUUCAAAGUUCAACCUCCUCAAGAGCGAGUCAGUUCCUUCCAACAUUUGUUGUUACUUUUUUUUUUACUUUGCCAAAAAUGUAUUUGUUUAGCAUCUUUGUAUAUUGAAAAGCACUUACUGUUCAGCACACUUGUGGAGAAAAACAGUGUCAGUUUUCACAGGCGAGGCCUACGACACCGCCUUCUGAGUAUUCAUACCAAGGCUUUGUGACCUUACUUAGAGUGUCGGCUUUCAAUGUAAAACCCAAUAUAAGUCAACAGAACCUGCCUUUUCAAACCCGACACUGGGAGCUGCAGAGUUUCUCAUUCGAGGACUCUCACAAAACUGUAUUUACUCUUUAAAAAACCUGCUGAGGAUCUUGUUGGAAUAGCGCGUUCAGUGACAACACUACUGCUUUGAGACCUGGAGGCCACUCAGCCUCCAGUGGAACUUAAUUUGUUUGUCCCUAAGGGAGAAUACUUUGAAUUUGACCACACGCAGUGGUUGUAAUAUACCUGUUAAACUUGCAGAAAACAACUAAAAACUAGAAGUCAGGUUUCCUAAACACGGACAACCAGUUUGUUAUAUUUUCAGUGUUUUUGUGUACAGUUGCGCAGUUUUCUGCUUUCGAAAUGUUUCACAAAGAAGAACUUGACGGCUCGACGCGGUGCUCGUUUCCCGUCGAGUCGUGAACCUGUCAUCCGACGGUGCACUGUGCUUCCAACACUAACUUACACACCAAACUGUUAUUGUCCAACAUCUAUUUAUGGAAGACCAUGAAAUCAAUGUAAUUUAAUCUAUUUUACUAUAUUUAUAAAAUAUUUUAUGUAUAUAUAUAUAUCUAUUGAGUUCAACUGUAUAUACGCUUUGUUUUGUUUGAAUUUUCUUUUUUCUCUUUUCUUUUUUUACAAUAAUGCAUUGGAGCUGUAAAACAAAGCGAAAAAUCCCCACGCCGGUGAAUUUGUGAUAUUGAAUUGUCUCCAACCGUUCAUCUCUGUUAAGACUGACUGCAUUAUCCUACUGUGUUGAUUCUGUGAAAACUGUGUUACAUGUGGAAGCCACCGACACAGCAGUCUUGUUUCCUUUUGGGCCCUUGAACAAGAACCAUCAGCAAAAUGUUCUUGAUGCACAUCUUGGUUGGAGAGUACGUCAGCCAUCUCUUGACUUCAGGAGCAAAGAGGGCUACGCCCACCAGUGUUACAGUCUUGUUUCAAUGAAACAUUAUGUACAUCCUGUAAAUAAUGUCCAAUUAAAAUAGAUAAAGAUAAACUAA